CCGGUGCUGUCUCCGACAAUAAUAUGAUGGAAAAGGCUUAUUCCCUCUUUCUUUGCGUUCUCUUCAUUUCAGUCCUCUUCUUGCCAUCCACAGCAGCUGGAAGAGCACUGCUUCAGACAGCUCAAACGGAGGGUGAGGGUGGAUACCACGGCGGAAAUGGUGGGAGUAAAAUUGGCAUACACCGCCAUCCCUCCAGCCCUGCCUCCUCCAGAACUGGAGCUUCAUCUCCCCCCCACGCAACCCCCUCCGGCGGAAAUGGUGGGAGUCAAAAGGGAGUAACACCCAGUCACUCCAGCACUGCCCCCUCCAGAACUGGAGUUUCAUCUCCUUCGGGACCCAUCACCGUCGGGGCUCUUAAUCACUCUACAAACAGCAAAAAAGCUGCUCUGUCAUGCGGUCGAGGGAAACGGUACGCUGAAUGUAUGCCCAGAUCGAGUCCAGCUAAAUGCGCCUCAUAUAAACGUAACUGCAAGUGAAGCUUUUGAAGUUGAAGUAAAGUGGAAAAUCCAGAACAAGGAAAACAAUAGUGAUAAUUAUUCAUACUUACGCUCGUGACGUAGUUCACAAAGUAGAAUGCCCGCCUUACCAAGAAACUGGUUUCUUGGUGUGUGGAAAUUGUAUGUUUGAUUGGCUAGCUGGUUCUUGUGUUAUCUCUCUCUCUCUCUCUCUUCCCUGGGAAUUACGGCUAUAU